AUGCGGCCUCCUUCCUUUACUGGUGCCGAGGGACCUUUAGCAGCAGAGGAGUUCCAUAAGGUCACGGAGACUAUCCUUACGGUGACUUGUAUUCCCCCUACAGAGUGGGUAGAUCUCAUGGAUGUCCAGCUCACGGAUACAGCUAGAAUCUGGUGGGCUGCUGAGAAGACACACCUAGAGAGGCCGAUUCUGUGGGAGACGUUCACGGAUCGCUUCAAUAGGAAGUAUUUUCCUCAGUCGGCCCGAGAUGAGCUCCUGCGUAGAUUUGUCGAGAUCAAUCAAGGAGGUCGAUCCGUUGACUAUUACGAGGCCGAGUUAUCUUCUUUGAGCCGAUAUGCUCCCCACUUGGUUACAGAUCCUACUAUUAGGAAGCACCAGUUCCAGAAAGGUCUGGACAAGUAUAUCAGAUUGGCUUUGGCUAGUAGGGCUCUCGCGACUCACGAUGCCGUAUUGGAUGCAACACGCGAGAUUGAGAGCGUGCAAAAGAAACUAGAAGAUUCACACUUGAUUCAAAAUAGGACACCAGCAGCUCCGACCCGGAAUGUCGAGCGCCCCCCUCCGAGGCAGCAGCAGCAGGCUUGA